AUGCCACCACCAUACCCUCCAUAUCGAAGGGAAGAUAUGCAAGAACGUGCAAUGAAUGAUCCUCACUCGCAAGUGUACACCCAGUCGACUAUGGUUACAUUUGGUGAAGACGGACAGCCUCGGGUGUCAUGGUUUUUUGAUUUGUUUUCAUCUUGCAGAGCUGUGCGGGACGGUGCACGGGAAGAGAUGGCUAUAGGGCAUACUAUAGGUGACCGUACUCAUAUAAUUGAAAAGAAAAGAGACAAGGAUGGCAACGUCCGCCGUCAGCAGCGAUUUGUGAAUUUAGACGAAUGUGAGCUCGUUAUUUUUUUUAUAACAUCCCGUUGCGUUUCUAUUCUUUAUGUGUUGAAGUGGUUGAAUCAGCUGAUGACGCACAUUAAGAGCGUCAUAGUGCUUUAG